CAAGGUUAGUUCUUGAAAUAAAUAUUUACAUAUGCUAUAUAUUAGAUUUGUUUGUUCUUGGGAAUUGUUUGAAAACGUUGUAUGUUAUAGAAAUAUUAAACAGGCCUUAGGGCCCGGAUUCUUAACGUAUAAAAUGUCAAUAUUAGCUAAAAUGAUUAGAGCUUUAAUAUUAUCUAAUGUUUUUUUAGAUUCUCAAACCUUCACUCAGAUUCUCCGAGAUAUAACUGAACUCGAACCGGCCGUAGGGUCUCCGGAACAAAUUGUUUACAUCCCAACGCCGACCCUGAAUUGUACUGAAAUACAUCCUAGAACGGGUGCCAUAGGGAGUCUACACGGUUUCUGUGAAGGAUAUGCCUACGAGACAAUUGUGCCCUACUCCCAGGAUGUAUUUACACACAAGCCGCAAACAGAGACUUUAAACGGCCUGUCAACUCCCCUGACCCAGGACCGUUGGACGCCCCCUAUUAAACACCAACGGACAAUCAGGGCCCAGAUCCACAGGUCCGCUUCACCCGAACAAUACUACUGGGAGGGUAUUCACGAGACAGCGUUACAAGGACAAGGCUCACAAGCUACAGACCAGGCAGAUGCUAUAAUUAGGGUUGCCCAAAGACAUGUUCCCGAGUUCUCAGAGCUUCUUCAGAACAGCCCUCUUCAAAAAAGCCGAGACUCCUCGCCGGCUUAUAAAGACAUCCAAGAAGCUACACAUCUAGAUCCCGAAGAGGCGCCAAAGACCCCAGUCACCAGAACAGCGAAGCCUGAUGAUUUCAAAGUUUUAAAUGACAUUUCUGAGGUAGACGAUUUGAUGUUCUGUGAAGUGGCCAACCUUAUUGAAGCGGCCAAUUCUGGUGGGGCAACAGCCUCUUGUGAAAUAGACCAAGCCGUGCUUUUCAAGGCUUUUACACAGGGUUUAAAAUCACGAAAGGCUUUACUUCAACGUCGUAUGGGUAUUCUAUUCGAACAUCAAUACAAUCAGGAUGUGUCAUUCUGGCGUAGAGAGCUUCCCCGCAUGUUAAACAACAGUAGGGUUAAAACAACACCUCUCCACACAGACUGGGCGAGGAUAGAGAGGCCUAAUUUCUCACAGGACAGCCUUUAA